AUGUUAACUGAGAAAUUGGAUAUUGGAUUUUUGCACCCUGAUUUGGGCAUUGGGGGUGCUGAGAGAUUAAUAGUGGAUGCUGCUGUCGGUCUACAAGAACAGGGCCAUAAUGUCACUAUUUAUACAAGCCAUUGUGACAAGACACAUUGUUUUGAAGAAGUGAAAAGUGGUCUUUUGAAAGUUGAAGUUUAUGGUGAUAGUCUUCCUACAACAGUUUAUGGUAAAUUUUACAUUAUUUUCUCUAAUCUAAGGCAAAUGGUAUUGGUAGCUAAUCUAGUGCUGUCAGGAAAAGUGAAUAAGCAUGAUUUAUUUAUUGUUGAUCAAUUAUCUACAUGUAUUCCAUUUUUACAUUUGUUUGGUCAUGCUAAAAUAUUGUUCUAUUGCCAUUUCCCUGACCAACUACUUGCAAUUAGAUCCAGUUUGAUUAAAAAAUUAUAUAGAAUUCCGUUUGAUUACCUUGAACAAUUCACUAUGGGAGUAUCUGAUGCAAUUAUUGUAAAUUCAAAAUUUACUAAGAGCGUAUACGCUGAGGUAUUUCCAACUAUCGGCAAGGAACCUCAUGUUAUAUAUCCAUGUGUUAAUACAGAAAACACACAAAGUAUAGAGAAAAUUGACAGAGAAUUAUUGAGUAAAAUGAAAGAUUCGGAAGAUAAAUUUUAUCUAAGUAUUAAUAGGUUUGAACUUAAAAAAAAUAUUUUGCUGGCCUUACAAUCAUUCAAUAAAUCAAAUGCAAUGAAAGAUGACCACUCAAAAUUAGUUAUUUGCGGUGGUUAUGAUCACAGAGUUCCUGAUAACAUCGAAUGUUUGAAGGAACUACAAAAAGCAGCCACAGCAUUAGAGAUAAAAUACAGCACAAUUUUUUAUCCUCAAUAUUUUAGCGGGGAAAUUAAACUCGAUGCUGAUAUUAAAGCUUCUAAAGUUAUAUUUCUGACGUCUAUAUCAGGAUCAUUGAAAGAAUUAUUAUUAUCUGAGACUGAACUUCUUUUAUAUACACCAUCCAAUGAACAUUUUGGUAUUGUUCCAUUGGAAGCUAUGAAUCAUGGGAAACCAGUACUAGCAGCAAACUCGGGAGGUCCAUUAGAAACUGUCAAUUCACUUGUUUUAGGAGAAAAUGAUGAUACUGCAACAGGUUGGCUGCGUGAAACCAAGGUAGAAGAAUGGGCAAACGCAAUUAACGAAUGUAUGAUGAUAGCUAAUGGAUCCUCAGAGAUUUAUUCGAAGAUAAAUUUCACUAAAGCUGGUCCUCUUAGAAUUAAACAAAUAUUUUCUAGAACCGCUAUGACUAAAAGUUUUGAAGAUAACAUUGAUAGAAUCUACUGGGUGGAAAAAUACACAUAUAUUUGGGAAAAGUUUGUCAUUAUAUUGGGUAACGUGUUCUUAAGAUUCAUUAUUUCGAAUAUAUUUCCUAACUCUGGUAUAGGUCAUUUUAUUGUAGCUAUCUGGGUUAGCUAUUAUUUCAAAAGCGUAUUAUGGGCAAUAAUUUGGAUGGCUGCUGGCCUGGACAUACAGUUUGGAGACUAUUUCUAUUAA